UAGUCUGUGGUUCGAGGUAUUGCGAGGUUUGUGUGGUGUAUUGGGCUUGACAGUUUUGAUGUUUGAGGAUUCUUAUGAUUGAAUUUAAUUGAUGUUGUUUUGCAUAUAAGCAAGUUGUGCAAUAGGUAGACCUUGCCCAAGACUGUUCCAGAUAUUCUGGACCAGAAUGGCACAAGGUACUUCUAGCGGUACGUCUUCACGUAGGCAUGGACGAAAUGAACACGAUACUUCGUCAAUCUCUUCCAGUAGAUAUGGUGAUGCAGAGUGGGAGGCGAAGGAGGCAUUACGUCAGAGAGAGUUGGAAGAGGCUAGGGCUCGUGCAACACAAAUGGAAAAAACUAUGCGUUGGUGGUCUGACUGUACAGCCAAUUGGAGAGAAAAGUGGAGCAAGGUUCGAAAUGAGAGAAAUAAAGCCCGUGAAGAAUCCAAGAUACUGCGUACCAAACUAGAAUCAGCUGUUAAAGAAACAAAUGCUAUUAAGCGUGAAAAACUGGAGUUGGAAAACCAGAAUGAUCAGUUAAAGAAGGAAAUGGAAAGGAUUCACUUGCUGCUGUUGAAGCAUGCAGGACAAUGGGAUCAGGAACUGCUGGAUGCUUUGGAAAGUGAAGAUCCAGAACAUGAUGUCUCUUUAAAAACUGGAGAUGGGGGCAAUGCAGUUGGUUCUUCCAGUUUGCAGAAUGUAGCUGAACUAACUGUUGGCUCUGUUAGUGCUGAUCUCUUUCAUUUAAAUGAAUCGUUGCAAUCUAGGCCAGAACGUGAACAUGGUGAUUCAUUAGUGAUAGACAAGGACUCGUGUAUAGAGGAGUACAUUCUGCAAGGGGCUGUCCCAAGGCAUGCCGUAGAAAUAUAUGUUACUGCAAAAGAAAAUGCAGUGGACAGAGAUAUUGAUGGAUUGGACGAUGUUAGUAGAGAUGAUCUUGGUUUGGCUGUUUGCGGUGAAGUAACACAAAAUAUAAAUAAGAGUGAAGUAACCUUUGACUUUCAGUGUAAAACUAAUGAUGACACAUUGACAAUGUCCAGAGGAUUUUCUCAACAGGCAGAUAGUGAUCUUCCCUCUCUUGACAAGGAACAUCUUCUUCAGAAACUGUCAAUGUUGCAGCUUCGAUUGGAUGAAGCGUCAAAAACCGUUCAAGCUGAAAGAGAUGAAAAACUCCUGUUGCACCGUGGUCUUGAGAAGAUGCAAGGAGAGCUCCAGGAACUGAAGGAUCGGUGCGAAGAUCUCCGAGCUUCGAAACAGGAGGUUGUUCGGGAAUUACUGCAGCUACAAGACCAGCAUCAGGAUCAAGUCCGUCUCAUUCAGCUCGAUCUGCAGGAUGAGGCUACCUCUCGUGAGGGCAUGGACCGACGACUGGCUGAUCUGCGCACCGAGGUGGGCAACACUACUGCUGAGCAUAUCUCUGGUCCAAUCACAUUGGGUCAGCAGUGGUUGGAGCGCUUGCAGGCAGAGAAUGCUGCAGAGUGGGGUAAGCGGGAGAGACUAGAAACUGAAAAAUUAGGACUAGAACGAGACAACAAAAAGUUACGUGCUGAGGUCCGAGACAUGCAGGAAAGGCUGGAGAGGAAAGGUCGUCCAUUAUCAACAACUGAUACUGAUGUUCGGCAACUACAGCAAGAUCUUGCUGACAGAAAUAAAGAAUUGUCAGAUUUGAGACAUUCUCAUGGGAAGUUGAAGAAGGUGCUUCAAGACAAAUCUACAGAACUAGCACAUGCUGUGCGCAGAGCAGAACAGUAUGAAGCCGAAGUGAAGCGCCUACGUGGGAGAGUGGAAGAACUGAAACGAGAGUUAGCAGUUGCUGAGGACGAAGUGGAUAGUGCCUCCAAUAACAUCAGGAAAUUGCAGCGCACCAAUGAUGAGUUACAAGAACAAAUUGAAAGUUUACAAGUUCAGGUGGAACAUCUUCAUACAAGGGCAACAGCAUGGGAUAAUGCAGGAUUCCCAGGUACAGUACAGAUUAGAAGUUAAAUGCGUGUUUACAAAGAGGCGCCUCUGAUUUUAUCUAUCAGUGUGAUGUAAUAGAUUUACUCUCGUUUGAAGAAAUGGAAGAUCAAAACUACCUGUACAUAUUAUUGCAGAGACUGUCAUGUGCAUUGAUAUGCUUGUAGCUUCAGUGGGGUCAUUUUCAUUAAUUUUUCUUGGAACUUUCAUGUAUUGACAAAGUUUGGUAAGAUUGCAAUCUCAGAUUCCAUGAAAGCCCAUUCAGUGGUUUUCAACUUCUAAAGAACUUGAGUUAAGGUCAUCUUGGUUGCCAGGUCACUGCUUACACCAUUUGCACAAAAGCUAUGCAGAUGUGAACAAGGUGUAUUUACAAGAAGAACAUGUGUUCAAACAUGAAAUUUCCUUCACAUUAAAAUAAUUUUCUGCUGUUCAUGAACAUGCAGCAGUGAUUAUUCUGACGAGGAAAUACUGUAUAACAGCAGUAUGCAAACUGGUAACAAAAUUUUGGGACAUGGGAAAUGUUUGUGACCAGUGCUAAUUGAGUGAAAGAACAACUGAAAUGAUUAAACUGUGUUGUCUGUUCCUUCAGUCAGCUGCCUAAGAAGUAUUUAGUAUUGACAUGGCACAAGUUGGAAGGCCUUCCAUUUUCAAUUUUAAAAGUAUAAACUUGUGGAUGAUUUAUAGCUGUUAUUAACUGUCCGUUUAAAUGACUGGAAUAAAACAAUUUUGUAUAUGAUGA